UCAGAAUAACAUGAUUCUUUUCAUAUAUAACGGUGUAGAUGCGGCAGAGUUGCCCACCCCGUCGUAACACCCCCCAGGCAUAAUCAUCCAUGACCAUUUCUGAGUCGUCAACAGGCAUGCCACUGGAUGCCGCUACUUUGAUGUCAACAAUUUUGGAAGGCAUCCUAUAUGGCUUUUCAGUCCUUAUGUUUAUAGGUACCAUAUGGAUAUUCACAUACAAACGUCGCAUGCGGGACGCCAGGCCUACUAUUGUGGUUGCCACCCUGUUGUUCCUACUGAGUACUGUGCACAUGGUCAUUUGCAUCAUUUACGUUGAAAACGGACUGGUGAAGUAUAGCGACACGUUUCCGGGCGGUCCAGUGGCGUACUUCGCAGACCUUCUUCAACCAAUGUUUGUGGUGAAGAAUGCGAUACUUGUCUUGCAAACUCUUCUCGGCGAUGGGGUAGUGAUAUAUCGGUGUUACGUUGUUUGGCAAUCUGUCCGGAUUAUCAUCCUACCUUGCAUAAUGUGGUGCGGUGUCGCAGUGUUUGGUGUCUGUAUGGUCUACAGCAUGUCCCAACCGGCUAACAAUUCAAAUUUUUUCCUCAACGCGACCACACAAUGGAUCACGACAUUCAUUUCCUUCACAAUGGCAACUAAUUUGUUGAGUUCAGGGUUACUGGCAUAUCGCGUCUGGACGAUCGAACGCAAAGUCUCUGCAACUCGCGCUACGAAAAACAACAUACCCAUAUUGCGUGUGUUUGUGGAUGCCGCUAUUUUGUACUCUGCGGCGGUGUGCUGUUCGCUCAUCUCUUUCGUUUGCUCGAGCAGUGGAAUGUAUGUUAUGGCAGACCUGGUCAUCCCGAUCAUUCCGAUUGCCUUUUAUAUGGUGUUUAUUCGCAUCGCGAGCAGUCAAAACAAUCAAACUUACGCCCAGACGGUCCGCGGUGGGAUAACUGAGACAGAACGAAGAAAUUCGCGUUAUCCUGUGCAGCCUUCGCACACUAUCAGAUUACACAAACAGAACAGUAAUACUUCCUUGACCGAUAGUCCAAAAGUGUAAGGAUAGUUUCAUCUCUAGCGAUAGCGAGGUGCGAACACCUUAUUCUACGUAAUUCUCUUUCCUUUUCCUAUACUCUUCACCGUUUCACAAUAUUGUCACACGUUUAUUUAU